AUGAAACUACAACAAUUAAUUGAUAGUAUAGAUAAUUUGAUCUGUAUUAAUCCACAUACAUUAGAAACAUACUAUGAACAUUUUAUCACUUUAAUUACGCAAUCGCUACGACGUGUGACACAAACAAAUAAUCCAAAUGAUCAUGGUUUUAUUUUUGUUAUGCCAACUAUUGGUAUACCCAAUGGGAAUGAAGUGAUACUAGACCAUUAUAUCAUAAAUACAUUACUGAGUACCCGAUUAUCAGCUUUAGUUGUCAAUGACCGUAAAUUAUUACGUUUAUUAGAAUCAGCAGCCUUUCCUGUAUUUCAAGUUCCCAAAACGACAACGACAGAUAUAAUCUUUGGUCAAUUAUGUAUUCAUUGUUAUAAUAAUCCUCGACAGUCUAUUCAUGAAAUGAUUGGUGUAACUGGUACAAAUGGUACAACACCAGUAACACAUAUGAUUGAAAAAGUUUUAUCCGAUGCUAAAUUGACAGUUGAUUUGAUCGACACACUUGGUUAUAGAUGCUAUCGUUAUGAGUGA